AUGUUGCUUAGUGCGCCUGUUAACAGUACCGUGCGGCGCAAGCCACACAGUCCAAAUAAAAAAAAGCCAAAAGAGACAGGUACAGCUGCUUCCUUUUCGUCGUCCUCUUCAACUGUCGUCCUUUCAUCCAAUAAUGAUGGCAGCUUUGAUGCUCUUUGGGACCCCUCUAUAAGUAAGGCCUCGGAUUUUGAGAGUAGCUAUAUUAGUGCUAAACGAUUAAAACCAGAAAGUAGUAAUAGACAGAAAAAAAAAAAUUCUUAUAAAUAUUCUAGGGAGGAAAACACCAACGAGGUAGAGGAAAAGACGUCUCUUGGCAGCAGCUCUAAGACAGAAGCAGAUAAUAUAUUUAAUGACCAGCUCACGUCAGCUGGCAAUACUACAUAUGUCAGUAAUAAGCGCGAUGUAAACUUCGGGGCGAAUUCGGCUGUAGUACUGCUCGGUUUGCCAACAAGUAAAAGUGAAUCUCACCGACAAUACCACAGUCCUUCGGCUUCAACAACUAAUGAAGAUGAAGAGGACAUUGGUGUUGAUAUUUUAGUAGACAACCACAUCGAUAGUUGCGAAACAGUAUCGAUAAAUAAUAAUAGAGGUAUUACACACCAAUAUCCAGAAACGGAAUCAGAUGUCGACUUUGAUGAGGCCGUGAUAUUGACACCAAUGGAUGGUACGGAUAAGGGAGUGAAAAAUCCAAGACCACUCGAAAAAAAAUAUAGUAGCAGUUGUUUUGAGGACCGUACGCCCCUUAACUUGGAUGAUGGUCAUUUCAGUGAAUGCAAUCAUUUUUCUACAUUAGAUGUGUCUAGCUUUUUUCAUCUCAACGAGCAUGUGCAUAAAAUCGACGAAGUAGAGCUCGAUGGACCUGAUCGCACCUUUAGUCUAGACAACGUCGCUAUUAAUACAAGGAAAAAGGAUAUUGAUUGCCUCUAUAAUAGUUCAAGAGAAGACUUAUCCAACCUCACAUGUUCUUCGGAAGGCCCAAGGAAUGAUAGUUAUGAUAGUGAUUACAACAUUGAUGAGGUCACUUAUAGAGAUGAUGAAUCAACAGAUGAAGACGAGAGCUUACCAACCCCAGAUCGAAAAAGGAAGAAAAUUGGCCAUAAAGCUUGCGAAAUAUUGGAUUCUAAAAGAAUUGGAAUAAAAGUACCAAAGUUAUACGUUUGGUCUUUAAGUGAUAAACCGUUUAGUGUUAUCGAUGGGUUGUGCACAAAAUCGCUGUACCCAUUGAGUGAUGACAUAAAUACUCCUGAAAGUUUGAGCUCAUGCUCAAGCUCAGUAAGUUCACGGGAAAAUCAAAAAGGAGAUGCAACAUUUGAUAAUGAUGCUAUGAUAGCCGACCUUCUAAACAUAGGCGGACUCGAAGUAGAGAAGGCAUCCAAUGGCCAUAUUGAGCUCAUAGGCGAGUGA